AGCGGGCGGCCACGAGGGGGCGCUGCAUCGACAACUUUCCUCACACGUUUUCCAGCUCUUUCCUAAAGGCUUCUAACAAUACUUCCGGUUUUGUUGUCUUCCUUCUCCGGUAAAGCUAAAGCUGAUAUGGCCGCAAUGUUUACGUCCUGUCUGGGCUGCUGUUGUGGUGAUGGUGGAUCCGAUCAUAAACCUCUUAAAGAAAUGCCCACCGUUCAGCUCGACACACACCACAUGGGCGCGGAUGUUGUGGUGGUGAAAAGAGGAAGGCGGAUCUGUGGGAGCGGAUCAUGUCUCGCCAACGCCCCUCUACACCAGAACAAGAGCUACUUCGAGUUCAAGGUCCAGUCCACUGGCGUGUGGGGAGUCGGAGUCGCCACACAGAAGGCGAAUCUAAACCAGAUACCUUUGGGUCAAGACAGUAACAGUUUGGUGCUCAGGCAUGAUGGAUCUGUCUAUCACAACAAUGAAGAAAAGAACUGCCUGCCAGCUAACAAUGUGCCUCAGGAGGGAGAUGUUGUGGGAUUAACUUAUGACCAUGUGGAACUGAACCUGUAUCUGAAUGGAAAGAAUAUGCAGUGCCCAGCCUCAGGCAUUCGAGGGACUGUGUUCCCUGUUGUUUACGUGGAUGACAGUGCUAUCUUAGACUGCCAGUUCAGCGACUUCUACUACACUCCUCCUCAAGGCUUUGAGAAGAUUCUGUUUGAACAGCAGAUAUUUUGAACGUUCUGCUUCCCAUGCACUUGCAGAGAAGCCAUCCUCAAGGCUUUAGGAAAGUGCUGAAGGUGUUGCACUGCUCUGUCGUAUUGUUUAUGCCUUCUCUGUUUCUGCUGCUGCUGCCAUAGUUGAUAGGAGACAAGCCAGGUGUUUAUUAGACAAACCAUUUCAAAAGUGUACACACAUGCACACGCGCACACAGCCAUAAACGAUUUCAUUCAAAUUAAGUUUUAUGUUUGUGUGUAAAUUUAGCCUGUAUUAUACUUUGACCCUCAUAGGUUUCUCUAAUUUUCCAUAUGCCUCCUGUCCAAUAUGUAUUGCUGAAUUGUUCUCAGUGUUCUUUAGUUAGGUUCUGGGUCCACUGUAACCCUAACCAGGAUUAAACAGUUACGAAGAUGAAUAAAUGACAGAAGUAAUUAUUUCCUACUUUUUUGUGUCAUUUUAUAUACCUAGGACAGGAUCUUUUAUUUAUUUUUAUAUAUUUUUGCAAAAUGUUACAACACUAGUUGGUGAAGAGAAAUAUACAUGUCUGCUUGUGUUAAAAAAUGAUUGUCUUUUUUAGUUUGCACCAUUUAAGCAUAAUCAGAGAAAAUGACCAAAAUAUGUAAUCACAAUUCCAAAUAAAAAAUGAACUCCGUGUAUUAAACUUG